AGUCACUAGUGGCAAAAAGAGUUAAGUCACGUGGCUAUUCCCGACGAGAGCGUGGCAAAUCCAAGCACUGCACAGUUGACAUAUUCGUAUUCUAUACUUGAGGCUAUUAAUCCGCCAUCUGCAUUCCCAAAUAAAUAAUGUCGGAGCUACAAUUUGUGAACGUCCAAGGAUCAAAGGAUCAGCAGCGAAAGAACCAAACUCUCGUGCGCGCGCAUGCGAUGCAUGUCGUGCAGUCGCGGCGGAGAGCUGCGAAGAGACGAAAGAAUCAGGCAGUAGUAGAAGCUGCACAAGCCGAAGCGACAAAAUCUUCUGCGCCUCAGCAAGAGACUUUUCGCUUUAUUUACGGAGUACAGACAGUAGCAAGGCACAGCCCCAGCGUUGGCAAUAGCACCAGAAAGGCUUCACCUGCCCCGACCUAUUGGUCCCGAACACAACCCUAUCCUGGUUGGUUUCUGCAAGAAGAAGUGCCUGAUCUAGCUAGUCUCCGGAGCACGGUAGCCCAUGAGUUUGCCAGAAAUACGUCCCUGGAGUAUCUCGACCAACUGGUUAAAAACUACAUCUCUUGUUUAGAAGUCGGACUAGUUAGAGAUAGCUAUGAUGCUAAAGAGAACGCGCUGCGAACAGGCUGGCUCCCAGCUUUGAAAUCCAGCGAGGCCAUGUUUCACGCCUCUAUGUUCAUUGCAUCUGCCAAUCUUGAAUUACUAAGUGGCCAAACCCUGAGUGCUGUGUCAUACUUUCAUAGAGGGAAGGCUAUACAACAAGUCAAUACGGAGCUUGAUGAUAAUGCUCGAAUGACAUCUGAUAGCACCAUAGGAGCGGUUGUAGCGCUAGCUGGGUUCGAGUGCUUAACUGGAAACAUAGUAGGACUGAGGCACCACAUCAAAGCGUUUACCAGAAUGAUUGAUAUGAGGGAAGGAAUGCAGCAAUAUGGCUUGCAAGGAUGGAUUGGGAAGCUUAGUGUUGUCUACGAGUGCCUGCUUUACGUCUACAGCAAGCAGGAGGUUAGAACGCCUCAUCGCACGCCAUCAAAGCGGCCUCCGCACUUCUUAAUUAAUAUAGGAAAUGAACUUUUUACACUGCGAAAACCCAAAUCAAACCAGGCUGUUCCUAUCGAAGCCAGCAUGUUGCGGUUGUUUACCAUUUUAGGGAACUUGGCCAACGUAUUUGAUGCGAGCUUCAGACAGCAGGACCCCACUCAUAACGCUGAUACUUUUACAUCGGGCUGUAACCUUACUCUACAGGAGAUCUCGAUAGCCCAAGGAUUGUCUAAGAAGCAGAUAGAAGGUUAUGAUGCUGUAUAUGAAUGUCUUGAAAAAGCAACACUGAUGUAUUGUUGCCGAGGCGCCGUCAAUGGCCCAUCGAUCUUGCUGCUUCAGGGGCUGAAUGCCCAGACUCUAAGACAGCAUCUAGAGACGACAAACCUUCUCGGAUACUGGUUUCCCUAUCCUGGCGCCCUGAUAUGGUGUUUGCUUGUUGGAAGUACAGAUCAUGCGGCUCACGCAGACCAACUGUGGUUUGUCUCUCAACUUCUUCGUGUAUUGAUCGGUCUCUCCAUGGACUUUUGGGAGCAAUUGGAUUACUCUUUGCCCGUGUUUGCAUGGCUAGUAAAUUGCAGCCAGAGACGAGUUCUCUUAGAGCGUUAGACAUAUCCGCGUUGGUGUAAGUGGGUAGCUAGUGAUUUAUGCUUGUACAUAACAAGUGUGUUGUUGGUAAUGGACACAAUAACUAGAUUAAAUGAUUAACUGGACAAAAGCUUGACCGCCAGCCAAGAAAUAAGGUUGGUUGUGUUCAGCCUGAAGCUCACCUUCCUAAACGCAAGAAACCUAUUACAUAUGUUCCGA